AUGAUGGAAACACAAACGGUGUCCCAGGAACCCCCUGUCAAGGAGGCACAAUCGGUUGGCCCCAAACCCAUGAACUCCACCCAGCCCCCUUCUGGCCAGAAACCCCCGAGUGCCCAAAAAGGGCCACAGGAAGUGACUGGCGCGGCUAAGAACGCGACUUCGCAACCCGCCCGACACAAGGCCGAUGCUGACGAUCUUGUCGAUGUACCGGUCAACAUGGUAGCCUCGCAGACCGAUUUGCUCACCCAAUCCAAACGGACUAAGGAGACUACUAACACAAAUUCGGGUCCUUCUUGGGCGAAAGGAUCCUUGAGACCAGGGGAGAUCAUUAUUCCCAGUACGGGUGGAACGUCCCUACCUCCUCAGCCUCCAGGCCAAUCACCGGCAGGAGGUAAUGAGAUAGUGUCAUCGGGACCUACAGGUCCAGAGUUGCCAACCUUGGGGAAGCCUAACCCCCGGGAUAUGAUCGUGUCUUAA